AUGUUUCUUCUUCACUACUUACUACUAAUUGAAAUUUCUUACCAACUAUAUGUAUAUUCUGUGAACUGCCUCGGUGGUGUAGUGGCUAGCAUGUACGGCUGCACACUCGGAGGUCCUGGGUUCGAGUGCCGGGUCGGGCCAAGUUUAGUAACAGCCCAGAGUUGGGAAGUUGGCGGUGUUUCACCCCCGUGCCUCGGAGAGCACGUAAAGCCGUCGGUCCUGCGCCUUAACUCUCACUGGUCGUGUCGAACAGUCGUCCUACCAGAGUAUGAGAGUGACAGGAAUAGAGAGUGCACUUGUGUCUGCGCGUACACUUGUGCACUA